AUGGGCGGCCACUCAUUUGAGCCAGAAGGCCUCGCAACGCCCCGCAUACCCACCUCCCUCUACAACAUCCUAAAGCAAGAAUACGCCGCCGCCCUCUCCCCCUUCUACCACCGCACCGCCCACGCCUCCACCAUCCCCACCAAACCCGACCACGGCGACGUCGACAUCCUCGCCUCAGGGCCCCUUCCCCACACCACCCCGGCCGCCAUCGCCGCAUCCCUCAACGCCGCAGCAUUCAAGCGCAACGGCGCCGUCACCAACUACGCCAUCCCGCACCCGACCACGCCAUCCACCUUCGUCCAGCUCGACGUGCAGGAAUGCCCACCAGGCUACCUCGACUGGCAGCUCUUCCAGGCCUCGUACGGCGACCUCGCCCAGAUCCUCGGCGUCGUCCACCGGCCGCUCGGGCUCACCGCGACCGAUCGCGGCCUGCACGUGCGCAUGGCGGCGAUCGAGAAGGCGAACAGGAAGGCCAGCUUGGUGCACCUGUCACACGAGCCGCGGGCGGUGCUCGCGUUUUUCGGGCUGGAUCCGGGGCCGUAUGAGAGGGCUGAGUUCGGGAGCGAGGAGGAGGUGUUUGCGUGGGUGGCGGGCGGGAGGUUUUUCGAUCGGUAUGCCGUCGUGCCGCGCCGCGGCGGCGGCGGCGAGGAGGAGGAAAAGAGGCCUGAGAGCGAGAAUCACAACGACCGCGCGCGGCGCGCUAAGCGCGGUAUGUAUCGCCGUUUCGUUGAGGAGUGGGUGCCCGCGCAUCCGGAGGCCGGGGCGGCGUGCGCGUGGACGCGCGAGGCGGUGCUGGAGGAGGCGUUGGACGUGUUUGGGAAGCGGGCGGAGCAUGAUGAGCGGCUGGCCGAGUACCGGUUGGCGACGCGGGAAGAGGAGCUGUGGCGGGCUAUCAAGGAGAAGGUGCCGCGCAAGGGCGUCAGUCUGGCGCUUGUGGUGAGGGGGUUGAAGAGGUGGGUGAGGGUGGAAGGGGGGACGCUGGCGCUUUGCGAUGAGCCGCUGUUGGAGGAGAAGAAGCCUUGGUUGAGGCAUAUGGGAGAGAAUGGGGAGGAAGAGGUGUUGAAGUGGGUAGAGGAGCAUUGGGUUGAGGUGCAAGUGAAGGAGAAGGCGUUUGCUGCUUUGAAGAAGACGCAGGGUCUAGGGUUGGACAGCACUUCGGAUCUCCAAGAGAAGGAAGCAAAGCGAAUUUGUCUAGGUGACAAUAUUUCGGCGCAGUAG